AUGUUUGUGUGCGUGAGUGUUUGUUCCAGGUGGUUAUCCACGUCUUUAUUGCCCUCUCUCUCUAUCCCAACGUCGUCAAAGAUGACGGAGCCGAAGCAGGAAGACGUGCGUUUCUUCGACUCGCCGGGCCAGCAGACGCCCGUCUCGGAGCCGGACUGGACGGAGCGCGAGGAGACGCGGGCGCGGCGGAAGAUCGACAGCUCGGUGCUCCCGCUGCUGUAUCUCGGCCUCCUCGUCUUCCAGCUGGACCGCAUGAACCUCGCGAGCGCCCUCACCGGCGGCUUCGCGGCGGACAUUGGCGUCAACCAGGACACCAUCAACCUGGGCAACCAGCUCAUGUUUCUGGGGAUUGUCAUCCUCGAGAUCCCGUCCAAUAUGCUUCUGCAAAAAGUCGGCCCGCGCAAGUACAUCUCCGGGCAGGUCAUGCUCUUCGGCUUCGUCGCCACCAUGCAGGUCUUCCUCGUCGACCGCAAGGGCUUCCUCGCCGCGCGCAUGAUGCUCGGCCUGGCCGAGGCCGGCUACAUCCCCGGCGCGUGCUACACGCUGUCGACGUGGUACACCAAGAAGGAGCUCGCCAAGCGCAUCGCCGUCUUGUCAGUAUCUCUCUCUCUUUCUCUCUCUCUCUCUCUGGCGGUGGAUGGAAACCUGUCUGAGACCUACCCUCCAGCUAACAGGUUCUUUGUCUCCUCAAGUUUCUUCGGCAUGUUCAGCGGCAACGCCCUGAGUCCCAUCCUCGCGUCCGGCAUCCUGAAGCUCGAGGGUGAGCGCGGGCUGAGGGGAUGGCAGUGGCUCUUCUUGAUCGAGGGCGUCUUCACAUUCUUCGUCGGCCUGUCGCUCCUCUUCCUCCUGCCGGGCUCCCCCGACACGCCCGACCCGCUGCUGAGCCCCGGCAUCGUCCGCUUCCGCGGCCCGGAGCGGAAUAUCCUGCAGAGGCGCCUCGAGCUCGACGACAAGGAGCGGCGCGGGGGCGCCCAGGGGAUGCACAUCCCCCCGAGCCUCGUGUGGAAGACCAUCCUGCACUGGCAGCGCUGGCCCCAUUUCCUCAGCAGCUUCGCCGUCUUCUCCACGUGGAGCCCCCUGACGACGUAUACUCCGACCAUCAUCAUGAACCUCGGCUUCAACCGCAUCCAGGCCAACGCCCUCGCCGCCGUCGGCGCCUCGCUGUCGCUGGUCGUCGUCUUCUUCUUCGCCUACGUCAGCGACAAGACCAACCGGCGCGGCUUCUCCGUCAUCGGCGCCCACGCGUGCUACCUCGUCGUCCUCGUCGUCGCGCGGACGGCGCACCCGCACGUCGGCAAGUGGUCCCGCUGGGGCCUGUGGACGGCCGUGAACAGCUUCGCCGUGGGCUACCAUCCGGCUCACAACUCGUGGGUGCAGCUCAACUGCCGCGAGCCGGGCGAGAGGAGCAUCAGCAUCGCGAUGUGGGUGAUGCUCUCGAUCAGCGGGUUGAUGGUCGGUACCCAGUACUACCGAGGAAACGACACGCCCUUCUACCAAACGGGACUGAGGACGCAGAUCAUCAUGGUCUCGGUUGGCAUGGCGUUUGCCAUCCUGCAGGUGGUCAUCUACACGGUUCACAACAAGCGCGUGGCCUCGGGGAAGCACAAGCCUCGCAACGGCGAAGUACCUCGUAUAUACGUUCCAUGA